AUGUCUCUCACCCGAGGCGCCGAGGUCUCGAUGCUUCCCCCUCGCCACNAACCAGACCCGACGACGUCUUCCUUCCGUGGUGAGGAGCCGGAGACGUCUCNGCUNCAUGNCGGGAUGCCGAGGACGUCUUCACCCCGUGCGGAGGAGCCAAUGCCGAAGACGUCUUCGCUUCGUAUGGAGGAGCCCAUGUUGAAGACAUCGAGAAUCGUUGAUAUGACGACGUCAGAGGAGCGAAGCACCAGACCGAAAGCAGCGAAGCCCCAAGGUGCGGAGCCGACGGCAGCCUUGGUGCUCAAACCGAUGGCNUCCUCGGCUUUAUCGGAGACAUGUCACGAAAAAGUCAUCUCGGCGGUUCGUCAUCGUGCCAAGACUACGACCUCGCGUUAUUGCCUCGGCGGACUUGAUGAGGAUGACAUCGAUGUUUCCGAUGACGAGGAAGCGAAGAGGCUUAGCGGCGUUGAAGACCUGAUGGCCCGAGGUCGAUGA